GCAGAAGAAAUAACACACCUGGCUUGACCAGAAGACAUGCAGCCGAUGGAUCUGGAACAUCGGAGAGUGAGACUGAAUGAUGGUCACUUCAUGCCUGUUCUGGGAUUUGGCACCUACAUGCCUCCAGAGGUUGACAAGAGCAAGGUUGUGGAGGCCACCAAAUGGGCGAUAGAAGCUGGGUUCCGCCAUAUUGAUUCUGCUCACUUGUAUGAGAAUGAAGAGCAGGUCGGGCUGGCCAUCCGCAGCAAGAUCGCAGACGGCUCUGUGAGGAGAGAAGACAUCUUCUACACGUCAAAGAUCUGGAGCACUUUCUUUCGACCAGAGUUGGUCCGAGAAUGCCUAGAAACAUCGCUGAGAAAACUACAGUUGGACCAUGUUGACCUCUGCCUUAUCCAUGUGCCGAUGGCUUUGAAGCCAAGCGAGACUAUUUUGCCAACUGAUGAAAAUGGAAAAAUAAUGUUUGACAGAGUGGAUCUUUGCGCCACCUGGGAGGCCCUGGAGAAGUGUAAAGACGCUGGAUUGGCCAAGUCCAUCGGGGUGUCCAACUUUAACCGCAGGCAGCUGGACAUGAUCCUGAAGAAGCCCGGGCUCAAGUACAAGCCCGUCUGCAACCAGGUGGAAUGCCAUCCUUAUCUCAACCAGAGCAAGCUGCUGGAUUUCUGCAAGUCCCAAGACAUCGUGCUGGUGGCCUACAGUGCUCUGGGGACCCAGCGAGAUAAACGAUGGGUAGACCUGAACUCCCCCGUCCUCCUGGAAGACCCAGUCCUGUGUGCUUUGGCCAAAAAACACAAGCGGACCCCCGCCCUGGUCGCCCUGCGCUACCAGCUGCAGCGCGGGGUUGUGGUCCUGGCCAAGAGCUACAAUGCACAGCGGAUCCGAGAGAACGUGCAGGUUUUCGAAUUCCAAUUGACUCCCGAGGACAUGAAAGUCCUAGACGGCCUGAACAGAAAUUUUCGAUAUAUUACUCUUGAUUUCCUUGCUGACCACCCUGACUAUCCAUUUAAGGAUGAAUAUUGACAUGGAGGCAUCUCCUGACUUGUCCUGAGAGCUUCUGUUUGUGUCCCCUGAUGCCGAAGGUGUUCCUGGAGCUGCUCCUUGGACACAUGACCUCUGGUUAAUUCCACAUCACUUAGCAACCUCAGGCAGCUACGCCACCUUCCAAGGUUAGGGAGUGAAGACAAUAAAUUUAUAUCGCAAUGAACAAAUUGAA